GCACUUUGCAGCCCUAACCUAAUUGUCGGACCUGUCCGAAUCGAUAAAAAAAUCGUCGAGGAUUGACGGUGAUUUAUAUAUGAUUCGUCCACGAAACGUUAACCCACAAAACGUAUUCGCGCUGAACUCUACGCUAGUGCUAUGAUCUGAACUGAAACUGAAUUAGAAGAACACACAUCAUCUGAUCUCCCGCCGAAAGCUCGAAUUAGAGAAGAUGGAUGACGAAUUGCUGGAAUUGCAGAGACAGUUCGAAUUCGCUCAACAAGCAAAAUCGAGCAUCAGAUUGUCGGAAAGAAACGUAGUUGAAUUAGUUCAAAAGCUUCAAGAGCUUCAAAUCAUCGAUUUCGAGCUUCUCCACACUGUCACCGGAAAAGAAUAUAUAACACCUGAUCAAUUAAAGCUUGAAAUGGUGGCAGAGAUUAAGAAAUCGGGACGUGUUUCUCUGAUUGAACUUGCUGACAUUAUUGGGGUGGACUUAUAUCAUGUUGAGAAGCAAGCUCAUCAAAUAGUUUCGGAUGAUUCCGGUCUUAUGCUGAUACAGGGAGAAAUUAUAUCACAAUCUUAUUGGGAUACUGUAGCGGAAGAAAUCAACGAGCGGCUUCAGGAGUGUAGUCAGAUUGCUCUGGCGGAACUUGCUGCGCAAUUGCAUGUGGGCUCAGAAUUGGUGGCAACUGUGUUGGAGCCUCGCAUUGGGAGCAUUGUGAAGGGGAGAUUGGAAGGUGGGCAACUGUAUACACCUAUGUAUGUCACACGUGUUAGUGCCAUGGUUCGUGGAGCUGCCAGGGGUAUAACAGUUCCAACUAAUUUGUCAACGGUCUGGAGCUCUUUACAGCAACUACUGCAGGAAAUAGAUGGAGCCAAUGGUGUGGCUGUUGAAUCUGCCUUUUUCCAUUCCUUGUUUAAUGGGCUUGUAAAAGGCGGGGAGAUCCUUGGAUCACUUCGUGCAGGAGUUCAUUGGACGCCAGCUGUGUUUGCCCAUGCACAAAAAGAGAGUGUAGAUUCUUUCUUCUCACAGAAUUCUUUUAUCAGUUAUGAAGUUCUUUACAAACUUGCAAUACCCCAGCCUAAGCAAUACUUACAGUCCAGAUAUCCUGAAGGUAUUCUACUAGAUACUGUUUUUGUUCACCCUUCGAUGAUUGAGAUGUUGGAUGCUGCUGCAGAGGAUGCUAUUGAACAUGCCGGUUGGAUUGAUUCUCUUUCAAUUUUACCUCCAUCUUUUGGAUCACAAGAUGCAUCUAAACUUUUAUCACUUUGUCCAUCUGUUCAGAGGGCUCUUAAGUCUGCAAAGGCACAUAUCUUUGGGGAGUCCUGUCUAUUUAGCAAUGCGUUCAUAAAGGAUGUGUUUGAUCGAAUGGAAAAAGAGAUAGAAGCCUUCAAUUAUUCAAGACCUGGUCAAGGGCUAAAUGAAGAUUUAAACUUGGUCAGCAAAGCUAAAGUUGGACAUGAUUCUGGUCAGUUCAGUGAGUUGAAUGAAACCGGUAAUGAGGGAAGUAAUAAAAAUGCAUCUGAGAAAGGAUCAAAGAAGAAGAAAGGAAAACCAACAGGUAAUACAAGGAUUGGGACAGCUGAAAGUAGUCCUGAUAACCAGGAAAAUCUUUCAACAAAAGCGAAGAAAAACCAGCGGAAAAACAAGGAAUCAAGUUCUUCACAAGUGCAAGAGGCAAAAUUGAGUGCGAAAAAGGAUUUGGAUAAAAUGAAGGAGGACAACCUUAUUCCUUCUGAAGAAUGGAUAGUGCAAAGAAUCUUGAUGCUUUGCCCAGAUCUUGAAGGACAAGUUGUGGAUGAUCCAUAUACAUUUCUUAGACCCUUGGCAAACUAUUUGAGACCUAUGCUGCUUACUGCAUGGAAGGAGAAAAGGAAGGCAUUACUUACGGAAAAUACAGAGAAAAUGAAGCGAUUGCUUGAUAAUCUGCAAAAGAAAUUAGAUGAGGCCUUCUUAAAUAUGCAAUUAUAUGAAAAAGCUUUGGAAUUGUUUGAAGAUGAUCCAUCAACCUCAGUUAUUUUACACAGGCAUCUGCUGAGAACAACUGCUACUCCAAUGGUUGACAUGCUUUUACUUAACUUGGGCAUGCACAACAAACUGAAGAGUGGAAUUGAAAUUGAUGAAUCUCAAAAUCCAGAGUCUGCUUCACUGGGAUCGGGUGAAAGAAUACCCCUUGCAAAGAGCUUAGAUGGAUCUCUUUCAGUUAAGGCUCUUGCUGUAAUCGAGGCUUUAGAAGGAAAGCGAGUGGAUACAUUCAUGACUAUGCUCAGAACACUUGCAGAGGAAAGUGGAAUUCUCUUAAAGAAACUCGAUAAGAAAUUGGAGAGGACACUCUUGCAUUCAUAUCGUAAGGAUCUGAUGUCUCAAGUUUCUGCUGAAACUGAUCCAGUUGCUCUUCUGCCAAAGGUUGUUUCUCUACUCUAUUUUCAGGUGCACAAUAAAGCUCUCCAAGCCCCUGGAAGGGCCAUUUCUGCUGCGGUUUCUCGGUUGAGGGAAAAAUUGGAAAGCUCGGCGUAUAAGAUCUUAGUUGAUUACCAGACUGCUACAGUAACCCUUUUGUCUCUACUAGCAGCUGCAACUGAUGACGAACAAGACUGUUCUUCUGAUAGAAUUCCAAGUAAAAGGGAGUUUCUGGAGGGACUAAUGACAGACUUGAAAGGCUUGGUUCUGAAUACAACUCAAUCCUAACUAGGUGAAACGAACAGUAGAAAGAGCAUCUUAUUGAAUUUGAAUAUGGUGAUCAAUUGACAUGGAAAUUGUGGAACAAAGAGCAAUUUUAAACUGAAACAUGUUAAGGGCACCUGCAAUUCAUUUGGACUUGUUAGGAUGAACUGAAGAUGCAUUGGUUUUUUCUUUUUAAUCUUUUUUUGUUCAUUUGUUUUAGUUGCCUCUACAUGCUGUAGAGUGUAGACUUUAGCUUACUCUGUUGCGGUCAUAUGCAUAUACAAUGUUAAGUUGAUCUGAUGAAGUACUGAUUCUGGAGAGAUAAUUAUCAUCUUUAUUUAUGAAAUGAACUAAGCAUAAAAUAUUUGCCCU